CCAUAACGGUAAACUACCCGACGCGCUUUUGAGUUUAUACCACACCAUCCGUCCGUCGCCUCCCCGGAAUCCCAACUCGCUGCCGACUGCAUAAAACAAUCCAGUUUUGUGUCAAUUGCUUCUUCUUGGCGUGUCUUUCAGCUUUAGUUGUUCCCGGAAGUCCUUCCGAUAAUCACUGUUUUAUCUUGCAGUUAGUCGUGCUUUUUGCGUGCAUUGGUAGUCGCUUCACUUUUGAACUUCUUCAUUUUUGUGUACUUUUGCACUCCGCUUUGAGCAAUUUUUAGUCAGGAGUUUAGGCUUCUUGUUUAUUUUUUUGGAGGAAGCAGUUCCCACACUUUUUCCCUGGAUUUACCUUUUUCCUCUGCUUCGAAACAUUCGUAAUGACUUCAGAAAAAGCAGAUAACAUUAAGGUCCUCUCCUUCAACUGUUGGGGUCUUCGUUUCGUUUCCAAGUACAGAACUGAACGUCUUCAUGCCAUUGGUGUAAAAUUGUCAGAAUGUGAUUAUGACAUUGUUCUGCUUCAAGAGGUUUGGUCAAUUAAUGACUAUCACAGUAUCCAGAACUCAACGCGUGAAAACUUGCCUUAUUCACGUUUCUAUCAUAGUGCAGCUAUGGGCGCUGGCCUGGCUGUUCUCUCGCGUUAUCCGAUUGUUGAGACAACGAUGAACAAAUAUCCUCUCAAUGGUCGUCCACAAGCUUUCUGGCGAGGUGAUUGGUAUGUAGGAAAGGGUGUCGCUACGGCAUCUCUCCAGCAUCCUUCCGGUAAGAUCAUCUCUGUGUUCGACACGCACUUGCAUGCUCCAUAUGGAAAGGGAGAAGAUACGUAUCUGUGCCAUCGUAUGGCCCAAGCUUGGUAUAUUUCUAAGCUGAUCCGUGCUGCUGUUCAACGUGGACACAUUGUUCUUGCAGCCGGCGACUUUAAUUUUCAACCCUUGACGGAACCGCAUAAUAUUAUUACAAGCUAUGGCCUGGUCAGUGACUCUUGGCUGAGUGUGCAUCCUGAUCAAUAUAAGAAUGCUCCUUCGAGAUUCACAUUGAGUGACCAAGAAUUGAUUGACAUCCUUGGUGUCACUUGCGACUCACAUUUAAAUACAUGGCGUGCAAAUGUUUCCGAUAAGGACAUGGACGACUAUGUGGCUAAGCGUUUGGACUAUGUCUUCCAUUCUCCUAAUAACACAGAUGCCGUUAGCAGCAAAGUUGUGUUUACCGAGCAUGUCCCUAAGCUUGACUGCAGCUACUCUGACCAUUUUGCCAUUGAGGUGGUUCUAGAGCUGAAGAAGAAGCCAACAGAAGUUACGAAGACGCGCUUGUCAGAAACAAUUGUCGAUGACUUGUUGGCUGUGACAUACAAGUAUAUGAUUCGGGAAAAAUGGUACAUGCGCCUUCGCGUUGCUCACCUCAUCCUCUCUAUUCCGAUCAUCAUCGGUUUACAUGUUGCAAUUGCCUGGUGCGAUCCUGCAUGGCUCAAGGUCAUCAUACUUUUUAUUGCUGUCGUGCUUGCCGUUUCUGCUGUUGGUAAUGGUUUUUGUAUUGGUUUACUUUUCGGACGUUGGGAGUUUAGCGGCUUGUUGGAAUUUGCCGCAGAAAUGAAGGAGCAAAAGCUUUUGUCGAAGAAAUAUUUUAUGGACAACCCUAUAGAUCUUCCUAAGUCUCUUGAUUUGUGAUUCUUUCGUCAUGAACGUUUACGACGAAGAAAACGACCGAUUUCUGGUAGGAAAUUGACCGCUUGUUGUCAACCUUGACUGUAACGUGUUUUGGGCUCUUUUCAUUACUGCAUGGUCUGUUUGGCUUAUAUUUUUUUCUAUUCAGCAACACAAUGUACUUUUUGUUUUUCUGGGCUUUUUUGUAUCUUCAUUUGUUCUGCGGUUUCGACAAAAGUCGUGAUUUGAGAUUACUUGUACCUUAGAGCAGAUGCCCUCAAGCCUCCUUCUCUCUUUCCACGCGUAAUGCUUUGUCUUUCUUUCAUUGAAUUUGCGACGUCUUUCGUUUGGCAUUUUUUUUGUUUCAUUAAUUCUCGUAACCUUGUUUCCAGUUCACUGUUGUUGUUAAGAUAAUUCUGUGUUCUUAAUUUGAAGUCUGUUUCUUUCUCAUAAUGGGCGGUUGCGAUAAUUUAUGUUAAUACAUUCAUUAACUUACAUCAAACAUAAUAUAAAAUUCAUCAAACCUAUUUACUAAGCCAAUCCAGCAGCAUAACUUACG